AUGCAGCCCAACCGCAAUUUCAACCUCCCCCCGGGCACCUGGACCGACGACACCUCCAUGACACUCUGCCUCGCGCGGGCCAUCACCUCGCCUAGCAAGCCCCCCAUACCAGCGGACCAGGCAAAGCUCUACCUCAAAUGGUACCGUGCCGGCUACCUCUCUGCCAUCGGCCGCUGCUUCGACAUCGGCGCGACCACGCGCGCAGCACUGCACAUCUGGGAGGGCGCGGGGAAGAAGGCGGAUAUGGCGGCGGUGCAGCAGCAGGUGCGCGAGAAGCUCGGCGGGCGGUUUCAGGCGGGCAAUGGCUCACUGAUGAGGGUGCUGCCUGUGGGGCUCGUGUAUUGGCGGGAUCUGACGGUGGCGAUGGAGGUUGCGCGGGCGACGAGCGAGGUGACGCAUCCGGCGGGGAUGUGCCGUGAUGCGUGUGCGGUGUACACGCUGCUUGUUGGCAGCAUCUUGGGGGCCGUGGCGCGCGGGGAGAGGAUGAGUAAGGCACAGCUGCUGGAGGUGCUGUAUGGGUAUGAGUUCCAGGAUGAGGAGUUGGGGGCGGUGCUGGGUAGAGAGUCGGGGUUUUUGGAGCUGCCGGUGGAGAGCGUGAAGACGUCGGGGUAUGUGUUGCAUACGCUGGAGGCGGCGCUUUGGGUGUUUUUCCAGACGGAGAGCUUUGAGGAGGGAGUGGUGAGGGUGGUGAAUUUGGGGGAUGAUGCGGAUACGGUGGCGGCGGUGUAUGGCGGGCUGGCGGGGGUGUGGUAUGCGGAUGAGUUGGAGGCGGAGGGGUCGCUGUUUUGGACGGAGGGCGUGAGGAGGUGGAGGGAGGAGCUGGUGCAGAGGAAGGUAGUGGAGGACGUAGCGAAGGCGCUGUGGGAGAUCCAGAAGUAG